UAUUACCUUGAAGUUGAAUCUAUAUUUUCUUUAGUUCACUCUUAUAAGGCUACACUUACCAAAUCGUGGCUAUAGCACUACUCAUCAACAAAGACCUCACAACAUACUUAUAUUUAGAGAGAGAUUGUCUCUAUCGAUGUGUGUUUUUGGCUUUGGGAAUCUUUCAUCUUUUGGGAUCAAUCAUCAUUGAGAUUGUGAAAAACCCACAAAUAUAAAAUUAGAAAAACCAUACUUCUUUGAUUAUGUUCAAAUUAAGAAAUUUGCAUUUCAUUUUCGUUCAUAGGUGAUCUCUUUUAGACUAUUGGAUUGGGUAUCUAAUUUUGUAUCCAUUUGAGCGAAAAAGAAAAACGAUUGGAACUUUAAUGGAAGAAGAUUCUAUUUUACCCAGAAAUCCUUAAAUUUGAUCGUUUUAUUCAUGCAAUACCCUUUAUAUAAUUGGUUGAUAUUGAUCGUAAAUCUGAUCAGAAACUUCAUUUGGGAAUGAAGGGUGGUGAUGGAGGAAUGGGUCCGCCACAGCCGUGGGAUUGGAAGUUCUCUCAAGUUUUUGGGGAAAGAACUGCUGGCGAAGAGAUUCAGGAAGUUGAUAUAAUAUCAGCUAUUGAAUUCGACAAAAAUGGGGACCACCUUGCUACUGGAGACCGUGGGGGUCGGGUGGUUUUGUUUGAGAGAACCGAUAGAAAGCAUGUUGGACCUAGAAGAGAUCUUGAAAAGAUGGAUAGUGCUGCUAGUAGGCAUCCUGAGUUUCGCUAUCAGACCGAAUUUCAGAGCCAUGAGCCUGAGUUUGACUAUCUCAAGAGUUUAGAGAUUGAGGAGAAAAUCAAUAAGAUCAGAUGGUGUCAGAUGGCUAACGGUGCGCUAUUCCUUCUUUCCACAAAUGACAAAACCAUCAAAUUCUGGAAGGUUCAGGAGAAGAAAAUUAAGAAAGUGUACAAUGUGAAUUUAGAUUCAUCGAAGAUCAAUCCAAGUUCUCACAAUGGUUCAAGCAUAUUGACAAGCUCCAAACACAUUCCAAAUGGAGGAUGUGGGAUGAAGCGUGCUAAUUGUUUGAGCAGUGACUUUCAAUUCCCACCUGGAGGCAUUGCAUCACUACAUUUACCCAAGGUAACUAGUCACGAAACAAAUCUUAUGGCAAGUUGUAGAAGAGUAUACACUCAUGCUCAUGACUAUCAUAUUAACUCUAUUUCAAACAACAGUGAUGGAGAGACCUUUAUUUCGGCUGAUGACCUGCGUAUAAAUCUCUGGAACUUGGAAAUUAGCAGUCAAAGUUUUAAUAUUGUUGAUGUUAAGCCUACAAACAUGGAGGAUCUGACUGAGGUGAUAACUUCGGCUGAAUUUCAUCCUAUCCACUGCAACAUGCUAGCAUAUAGUAGUUCAAAGGGUUCUAUUCGGUUAAUUGACCUACGGCAGUCUGCUCUUUGUGAUAGACAUAGCAAAUUGUAUGAGGUGCAGGAAGCUCCUGGUUCUAGAGCUUUUUUCACCGAGAUAAUUGCUUCAAUUUCGGAUGUUAAAUUUGCAAAAGAUGGUAGAUAUAUGCUCAGUCGUGACUUUAUGACUCUUAAGCUAUGGGAUAUCAAUAUGGAUUCCAGACCAGUUGCAACUUUCCAGGUUCAUGAACAUUUGAAGCCUAGGCUCUGCGAUCUGUAUGAAAAUGAUUCGAUUUUCGACAAAUUUGAGUGCUGUUUGAGUGGUGAUGGUCUGCAAGCCGCUACUGGCUCCUACAGUAAUCUGUUUCGUGUUUUUGGUUGCUCGUCUGCGAGCACGGAAGCCAUUACCUUGGAAGCUAGCAAAAACCCCAUGAGGAAGCAAUUUCCAGCAACAACAAAUCAUAGACCUUCAAGGCCUGGAACCUUUACACGUGGUGAUAGGCAAGGAUCGGAGAGCCCCGGAAGCGAUGCAAAUGGAAAUGCUUUUGAUUUCAACAUGAAGUUGCUUCACCUAGCUUGGCACCCAACUGAAAACUCAAUUGCUUGUGCUGCCGCAAACAGCCUGUAUAUGUAUUACGCCUAGAGCUAGAGGUAUUCAUGGCCGCAUGUUUCUACUGAAUAACACUAAUCGUCUUGAACUAAAAUGAUUUUUACUGUGAACCCUUUAGCAAUUUAUCAAAACGAAGAAUUUCAUAGAUCACGGUAUACAAGAAGGAUGACCGGAAAUGGUUUUCUUCUGCUGUUUUAGGUCAGGUGAAAAGAACAUAACUCACAGGAAACCCUUUUCUAACAGUAAAUACGAGGGUGUAUCACUUUCAAUCCCAUCCCAUCCUAGACCCGAAUCAUAGUUUUUAUGAGCGGGAUAUACUGAGUAUGAUGAUGAUAACGAGAGUGUCUCACGGUUGGCAGUGAUGAUGCGUGUGGACAUGAGAUCAAACUAUGACUACAUAAUCGCUAUAAAUAUCAUCCGCGCCUUGUAUUAUUAUUAUUUGAAUGAUCAGCAAAUUUAUGAGUUGUGCCAAUUUACCAUCUAACCAAUUAUUUUGCUCUUUUGUUCCCAAAUUUUUUUGUUGUAUAAUGAUAAUUGUUUUUACUUGUAGUUUUAUGAUAAUUCUUGCUUUUCUUUUAUGU